ACCACACCGUUAGGACUUCGGGCAAGACCACACCCCAACCCGCCCUCUCUCUGAUCGGUUUCCGUGUUCCAUUUUCUCCUGCACGUGCGCGCCCCCUCCCCCCAUGGCGAUGUCCCUCCAUCUCUGCCGCUUCCCCUCCCGGACCGACCUCGCCGUCCCGCCGGACGCCCUCGCAGGAGGCGCCGGUGCGCUCCGCUGCCGGAAGCAGCCCCCCUUCUCCGUGCGGUGCUCCGGCGAGGCCUCGCCUUCGUCCGCCGCUGUGGAGGCGGAGUUCGACCCCAAGGUGUUCAGGCACAACCUCACCAGAAGCAAGAACUACAACCGCAAGGGGUUCGGCCACAAGGAGGAGAUCGAUAAGCUCAUGGAUCGGGAGUACACCAGUGAUGUCAUAAAGACUUUGAAGGAAAAUGGGUAUGAGUACACAUGGGGUAACGUGACAGUGAAGCUUGCGGACGCGUAUGGAUUCUGCUGGGGUGUAGAGCGGGCUGUCCAGAUUGCUUAUGAAGCUAGGAGGCAGUUCCCUGAGGAGAAAAUCUGGCUCACCAAUGAGAUUAUCCACAACCCUACUGUCAACAGGCGUUUAGAGGAGAUGGAGGUUGAGACUAUUCCUCUUGAGGAGGGGCAGAAACAAUUUCAUGUGGUUGACAAAGGCGAUGUUGUUGUUCUCCCUGCUUUUGGAGCUGCAGUUGAAGAGAUGCGGAUUCUGAGUGAGAGAAACGUACAGAUUGUCGAUACAACCUGCCCAUGGGUGACUAAGGUCUGGAAUGUGGUUGAAAAGCACAAGAAAGGUGACUACACUUCAAUAAUUCAUGGUAAAUAUGGCCAUGAAGAAACCGUAGCUACCUCAUCAUUUGCUAAGAAAUAUAUCGUUGUGAAGAAUAUGAAGGAGGCAACAUAUGUAUGUGAUUACAUCCUUGGUGGUCAACUUGAUGGAUCUAGCUCUACCAGAGAGGCAUUCAUGGAGAAAUUCAAACUUGCGGUUUCCAAGGGGUUUGAUCCUGACAAGGAUUUAAUAAAAGUUGGCGUUGCCAAUCAAACCACAAUGCUUAAGGGCGAGACUGAAGAGAUUGGAAAGUCGGUGGAGAAAACUAUGAUGCGCAAGUAUGGAGUGGAAAAUGUCAAUGAGCACUUCAUGCCCUUCAACACAAUCUGUGAUGCUACUCAGGAGAGACAAGAUGCUAUGUACAAGCUGGUGGAACAAAAGUUGGAUCUGAUGGUGGUUGUCGGAGGGUUUAACUCGAGCAACACCUCCCACCUGCAGGAGAUCGCAGAGGAACGUGGGAUCCCUUCCUAUUGGAUUGAUGGUGACCAGAGAAUAGGUCCAGGAAACAGAAUAGCUUAUAAACUGUUGCAUGGGGAAUUGGUGGAGAAAGAAAAUUGGCUACCCGAGGGUCCCAUCACAAUUGGUGUGACUUCUGGAGCCUCUACACCUGACAAGGUCGUUGAAGACGUAUUGGUGAAGAUCUUCGACAUCAAACGUGAAGAGAUUUUGCAGCUGGCGUAGAAGCACGGGUUCUGCAGGUCCCGUGAAAUUUACUGAGUCCCUUUGUUGGUCCAUGGAGGGCCCAAGAUACUUAAUCGGCUCUUCUUUUAUGCUGUUGGCCAUUGAUAUCUAUCAGUGUAGCAUCUGCUGUGACAAAACUCAGCUGUAACUUGCCAAAUUUGUAAAAAGAUGGAUAGUUUAUGGUUUGAAUAAGCUUGUUUUAUGAGAAACAUUCUUCAGGACCAUUAUAUCAUGUUGUGCAAGCAAGUAGUCGAUGUAUGAUGGUAAUGAUCAAAUUGCGUUUCAUAUGA